CGCACCUACUAUUCACUAAUUUCUCAAACCUUCUUUCAAGCCAAACACUCCCAACAAAAGGCAAAACCCUCAAAACUCUCUCUCUCUCUCUCCAAUGGCUUGCUCAAGCUAUGCUUUGAAACCCAUCUCUCCUCCUAUAAACUUAGUCAACCCAAGAUCACACCCCACUUCUUCACCAGCAAACAACGCACAGCUUUCCUUCAAGCUUUCAAACCCAUCUCUCAGUCAGACCCUUAAAUUCCAUUCAACCUCACCACAAAGCCCCAGCUUUUCACUACCCAAAAGAUCAUUCACUUGCAAAAGCCAAGCUGACCCAUCAGACUCCGCAAGGCCCACCAAUGUUCAAAAACUGUAUAUUUAUGAGAUCAACGAACUUGAUCGAGGAAGCCCUGCCAUACUUAGAUUGAGCAAAAAGAAAGUCUUCUCUCUUGGUGACCUCGUCCCCUUCACUAACAAAUUGUUUACCGGAGACCUGAAAAAACAGGUGGGAGUCACACAAGGACUAACAGUUUUAAUCGAGAACAAACCAGAAAAGAAAGGUGACCGGUAUGAGGCAAUGUAUAGCUUUAACUUUGGAGACUAUGGUCACAUGGCUGUGAGGGGAGCGUAUUUGACCUAUGAAGACACGUAUCUAGCAGUGGUUGGUGGGUCUGGGAUCUUCGAAGGUGUGUAUGGGCAAGUGAAGUUGGAGCAAAUUGUGUACCCCUUCAAGAUUUUCUACACAUUUUACUUGAGGGGAAUCAAGGAUUUGCCAGAAGAGCUUUUGGGCGAUAAGCCUGUGGAGCCUAAUCGAUUCCUCGAUCCAUUUUUCUAUUAUGUGUCCCAUUGGAAACCCAUUCUACGUUUUGUUCUCAAGGCCAGGGGUGUUUCAUUGCCAGAACCAAAGUUAGCUUCUUGUACGGAGAAGAACCAGAGUGCUUGAGUUUUUUUUUUUUCUGUGUUGUGAUGAUUUUGUAAACAUAAAUGACUUUGAAGAAAACAAGUAGGAUAAAUAAUUUGUAAUGUUUUGUUUUGCAGUAUUGGUUACUACUAUGGCCUCAAAUCUAUAUAUAUUGCAUUUGAAACA